AUGGCACCCAGCCGUAAUGAUAUGAUCCUGAAGCCCCACUUCCACAAGAACUGGCAGCGGCGCGUGGCCACGUGGUUCAACCAGCUGGCGCGCAAGAUCCGCAGGAAGCCCUCAGCCCCCAAGAAGGGAGACAGCUCUGCUGCAAAGCUCAAAUUGGCCAUCCAGCUGACCGGACCAGUCAUGCCCAUACGGAACAUCUACAAGAAGGAGAAGGCCAGAGUCAUCACAGAGGAGGAGAAGAACUUCAAGGCCUUCGCCAGUCUCCGCAUGGCCUACGCCAAUGCCCGGCUCUUUGGCAUCUGGGCAAAAAGGGCCAAGGAAGCUGCAGAACAGGAUGUUGAAAGGAAAAAGUAA